CUCUACUCUUUUUUUGUUCUUCUUUAUUAUCUCAAAUUUUGAGUAUCGAUUGAAUUGAACCUAUGUUUAAGUAAUGCUUUGUUUAUCUUUUUGUUUACUGAAUUGUUUUGCUAGGGAUUAUUCUUCAUACCACAGUCAAUACUCUAUAGUGUGACUGUAAUCAGUUAAAGUUAUAUUUUAUUAUAUAUGUUAUUGAUUAUUGAAAUAAUUGAUUUCUUACCGUUAUUCCAAAUAAGACCCUUAGUAUUCAAUUAGCUUGUUGUGAGAUAUUUGGAACUACAAUGACGAUUGGAUAGUUGUUACUUUGAUAGAGUAAGGUUGAUGCGAGAUUUGGCUGUUGAUAGGUUUGGAAUUCAGCUCAAUGUAUCUUGGGUGCAUUGUUUAAUCAUAUGCAAAAGAAGCAAUUAAGGAGUUUUAUAGUCCCUUCACAAUUUAUGUGAUUUACGCCCAAUAAUUUGAAGUGAUUUGGGUUUAUUUGGAUGAACUUCACCAUAAGCAAUUCUAAAGAAAAAUAUAAGAAAAAAGAAUCAAAGCGACUUAUUCUUAAACUAAAAUUAGCUUAUGCAUAAGUUAAGGAUAAAUUUUAGAGAAACUAUAUAAUGUUUCUACGAAUUAACAUGUGCAUAAACUAAUUUUAGCUUGUAGAUAAGCUAAUUUUAAAUUUUCUUCUAUGGAGAAAUUUAGGUUUUUCAUGUUUGUUUUAGUUGUAUGUUUUUAUGAUGCAGUUGGCUCCUACACUUGUACCCUGAGUAUAAACAACGGGGGAGGGAAAAGGCUCACUGUCCUACAUGAUUCAUUUUUCUCUCUUCUGCCAUUCCAAUCUAAACCUGAUGACUUUGACAGAGCUGGCAUGAUAAAGCAGUUUUAUUCGAGCAAUAUCACUGGAAACAGGCAAGGAAGAAGAAUCAGCCUUAUGAGUUCUUGUGGAACAAGACUUGGGAUAAGGAACACCGAGACCAUUACUACUACAACUGGCCUGUUUACUUUCCUUAGGCCCCUCCUGUUUUAUUUCUUAGAGACUUUUCCCUAUCUUUAUUUUGCUUGCAAACCUGGAUAAAAUUGAUGCCCCCUCCCCCACUCAAAUGUUUUUCUCUCACGACUUCACUUUUAUUGUGUUCAGUCCUCUUUCUUAAUAACUACAUGAUUAUUAUCUGAGGAGUUCUGCAUAAUUUACUUCUGUAAACAAGUAAACAAGUUGAAGGGUGAGAUGCUAUUAA